UCUGACAGAGCUGCUGUGGGACUGAGCUGACUUUACCGAAUGGACCCGGAGGAGAAUCUGCUGAAAACUGAGCUGGCUCACUAACAUAUACACACAAACAAAUACAACUGCACUGUGGAAAUAAAACACGCAAACAAAGCCAGUCUUUCUUGACCAUGACGGAUACUGCCGCCGAGGAGGACAAGGACCCUGAUAUUGAGCUGUUUGUCAAGGCUGGGAGUGAUGGUGAGAGCAUUGGAAACUGUCCUUUCUCCCAGCGCCUCUUCAUGAUCCUGUGGCUGAAAGGUGUUGUCUUCAACGUCACCACUGUUGACCUAAAGAGGAAACCAGCUGAUCUUCACAACCUGGCUCCUGGCACACACCCACCCUUCCUCACUUUCGAAGGGGAAGUUUACUCUGAUGUCAACAAAAUAGAGGAAUUCCUGGAGGAAAAGCUGGCUCCACCAAAGUACCCCAAACUUGCAGCAAAGAAUCGUGAAUCCAACACAGCAGGAAAUGACAUAUUUGCCAGAUUUUCAGCUUUUGUCAAAAACACUAAACCGGAUAAAAAUCGAGCUUUAGAGGCCAAUCUAAACAAGGCCCUGGCUAAGCUGGACGAGUACCUGAUUAGUCCUCUCCCUGAUGAGGCAGACGAGGGAGAAUCCACUCGCAAGUUCCUGGACGGAAAUGAACUGACACUUGCUGACUGCAACCUUCUACCAAAGCUUCAUGUCGUUAAGGUGGUUGCAAAGAAAUACAGAAACUAUGAGAUCCCGUCAGAGUUCAGAGGUUUGUGGCGGUACCUCGGAAAUGCUUACAAACAGGACGAGUUCAUCAACACCUGUGCAGCUGAUGUGGAAAUCGAGCUAGCCUAUAAGGAUGUCGCCAGGAGGCUGGGGAAAUGAAUGCAUCACAAGCACUCAAGAACCUUUUUAUCUUUUAUUGAGAAAUAUCUAAUAAAUCACUUCUUUUUUUUUUGAAAACCAUUACAUACACUUUUGGCACAGUGUGUGUCACUUGUAAUAGUAAUAUAAUAAAUAUGUUUAACUGUAGCACACUGGUAUGAUGUUUCAGAGAAGAUGCUAAAAAUCAUGAAUCGUGUUUGUAAUGGUACUGUGUAGCAGCAUAUGUCUGACGCAUCAAACGAUGCUUGCAAACUAAAGAGGCUGAAAAUUGUUUCAUAAUGAUUACAUUACAAUCAUUUUUCAAAAAAGAUUCAGUGAGGAAAAAUGUAUGAAGUUUGCAGCUCAGUGUUUAGUUAUAGUAAAUCCCUGCCUUAAGCAACAACUGUACAGUCAUCAGUGAUUAAUGAACUGACAGCAGGUGAACUAAGUAAAAUCGCCUGGGGAGUGUAGUUCACACUACAUUCAAACACAAUGAUCAACGCAAAAAUGUACAAAUAGGAAAAAACUGUAGCAUUAAUAUCAAAUGCCAGCAAUUUUUUUUUAAAAAAGAAAGACAAACAAACAAAAAACAUUCAGUUAAAUUUAGCGCAAAUAAAAAAAAACAAAUCCCUUUUUGUUUACAGGUCAUGCAAAUAUAACACACCCUACUAUUCAUAGUCAAGUGCAAGGAAGGACUGCUUUGCUUAGUACAGAGUUUUGUGGUGGUAUUGUACCAAGCAACAUUACAUCAUUAGCCUCUAGAAACAUUAUGUGUUAAUAAACACUAAUAAUUAAAUAAGUAGCAAUAGCUGAAACCUCGCAUACUCAAUUUUACUUUUACAACUUCAUAUUAAACAUAUUAAAAACUACCGAUAGGCAGAUAUUUUCACAGCUGGGAAACCUUUUAAAUCACAAAACCGUCCCAGUAUUCUUUUAUGGUUUACAUGGGUCAGAUUCUCUGCAAAUAUUGGUCAUUCUUUUAGCCUUUCUUGGGUAAAUAAACAAAUAUUGAAUUGAAAUAAUAAUAAAAUAAGAAUAAUAGAAUAAUAAAAAAAAUAAAGAAACUGUUGUAUUUGUUGUAGUUUUAUUUUUGCUUUAACUUUUGCCAAGUUAGCCUUAAUUUGCUAAUUGGCUAGCUUUUUCUUCAAGGCUCAUAGACAGGGGCCACUGGGGGGGGGGGUGUCAAGAGAAAGGAAGACCCUACAAUAGCAACACACACACACACACACACACACACACACACACACACACACACAUUUAGCAUAAUUGCCUACGUUGCUUCAGCUAACGAUGCUCUAAAGUUGAUGUUAACAGUCAUUCAAACCAAGGUGUCAAAAGUGUAAGAAAAUUUUUUGUAAAAAUCUGCACUCGACAGCAGAUCCCCAAACAGCCAGUGAGUGUUAGGAGGUUAAGAUGUGUUUAUCCCAAUUUCUACUAAAGUAUUAUCUCCUUACUAAUUAAAAUCAUAUUUUUAGUGUCAUAAAUGUCUUGGAUAUUGGUGAAUCUAACUGUUCUGUUUGUUUGUUUCUUUUCUUUUUUUUUCCUGUUGAUUUUGAUAUGAUUUUGUGUUUUCCAGUUUUCCUGAGUGUUUGAGGAAAGCACUGCUAAAAACGUGUCUCAGCCAAAGCAGUUUGUCUUUUACUGGUGCAGCGUCAGCGCUGUGAUGGCCUUCCUUUUUCUAACAAGGCAAUUAACCAUUUAUUUGAUCAGUUAAAUACAGAGUACAAGACAGAUUUUCUUAAGAAGUUACAAAUCUUUGUUUUUCUUUUGUUAAUAUAGUUUUCUUGUUAUAUUGCCUCACACUGUAGUUUACAGCAAAUACUUACUCUGUAGCCCCUUUUUAAUAGGUUACAGUCUUGUUUUCAACAAUAACUUUCUUUUUCUGAUUAAUAAACAACAAUGCUCUCAGUCUGGGAAAUCAGCCUGUAAUAAAAAGAUCAUACAUGACAGUAACCACCUAAAUAAACCAAAUUUAGCUAGUUCUUUUAUGCACACUGAUGGUAGAGGGUUUAAUCACGGGUGCCUUAGUGAGAAUCAAGCUCACCUCUGCCUUCGGCUCUAUGUCUGUACAGUAAAUUAUGCAUGUUUGAAUAUGAUAGGAAUGUGAAUUUUUCAUGUCAUCUCUGUAGAGCUGCUGGGAAAAAACCCCAAACUUCAUAUGUCUGUAAAUGAUCAACUACCAUAUUCGUCUUCUCUCUGAUGAUUGCAAGCCACUGUGUAGACUGUGUUGCUUAUUUGAAUAUUAAAUCUAUUUUC